AUGCAUUCCCAGCCUUGCCAGUCCGGCACAUGUGCACUCUGGCCCGACUGCCUAGGCCGGGAUGGUCGGUGUGAGCAUAUCCUUCUGACAUCUCCUUCCGUCCCUCUCGGUUGGGAUGGUCGACUGAACCCUCGGUUUUGCCGAGGACGCAGCAUAUUCUGCAUGCUCAGGCCGGGCUUCGUCACCAGCCCGACACCGCGGCCAAUUCUGGCUACGCCAUUUUUCGGCAUAGCAGCUACCAAGUCCACCAAGUUGCUAGCCACAUGCAAAAAGUAA